AUGGCGCCGAGGAGGAUGGAAACCAAACCACUCAUCUUGUGCGUGAAGACACUGCUACUAUUCUACUCCUUCAUUUUCUGGGUGACAGGUGUGGUCCUGCUCUCAGUGGGCUUGUGGUGGAGGUUCAUGCUGAAUCCUUACACGUUAUUGAUCUCUAGCGCGCCGUCCAACGCCCCGGUUGUCCUCACUGGCACCGGAGCUGCCAUUGUUCUCUUUGGGCUGUUUGGCUGCUUCGCCACCUGCAGGGGGCGUCCUUGGAUGCUCAAAGUGUACGCUGUCUUUCUGUCUCUGAUCUUCUUAAUUGAGCUCAUCGCUGGAAUAUCAGGCUUCAUCUUUCGCCAUGAGAUCAAAGGCACAUUCCUCACUACGUACAGCGAGGCUGUGUUGCGAUAUGACGGACGAGGCGACCUGAGUGUGGCUGUGGACGAUGUCCAACGCAGAUUGCACUGCUGCGGUGUCCAUAACUACACAACUUGGUUUGCCAGCGACUACUUCCCAACUGGUGGAAUUCCGGUCAGCUGCUGUGUUGCUUUCUCUGACUGCAAAGAGACAGACUUGAAGAAUGCUACUCUGGCAGCUCGCAAGGUCCACAAACAGGGUUGUUAUGAAAUUGUGACAUCCUUCAUCGAGGGCAAAAUGGGAAUCAUCGCCGGGGUCACCUUUGGGAUCGCCUUCUCCCAGCUGAUCGGCAUGUCUUUGGCCUGCUGCCUGUCUCACUUCAUUCACACCAACCAGUACGAGAUGGUCUGAGGUGGUAUCGGUGUUUCCCCGCAGAAACCUGUGGA